GAUCAAAAUUUUCAACCGACUGCUGACACGCACACAUUCGCGCGCUUUGCAAGGAUGUUCCAGCGUCACGUCGCGCGCGAUUAUUAUUCGUGGUGACACGGAUGUUAUGCGACCUUGGGAAACAUUUGGGAAACGAGUCAUUUUCUGCGGUGAUCGAAUUUUUCCUUCUCAACUCGUUAAUAAGAAAACAUGCCGCCACAAACGGACGCAGUCCCGAAGCUCGAGACACCCUCGAACGGAAUUAAUGCUGUUCUAUUGGGACCACCUGGUAGCGGCAAGGGCACUCAGGCAGUAUUAUUUAAAGAUAGAUACUGCGUAUGUCACCUGUCUACGGGUGACCUGUUAAGGGCUGAAGUCACUUCCGGUUCUACUCUAGGAACUCAAAUCAAAAAGAUAAUGGACGAGGGUAAAUUGGUCAGCGAUGACUUGGUAGUUAGCAUGAUUGAGAGCAAUCUAGACAAACCGGAGUGCAAGCGUGGUUUCUUGUUGGAUGGAUUUCCAAGAAGUGUACCUCAAGCAGAAAAACUUGAUCAAAUGCUCAAUAAGAGGAAAACAAAGCUUGAUGCUGUAAUUGAGUUUGGAAUCGAUGACAAAUUACUGAUCAGUAGAAUUACAGGUAGAUUGGUACAUCCAGCUAGCGGUAGAUCUUAUCAUGAGACACUUGCUCCCCCCAAAGCUCCGAUGAAAGAUGAUAUUACUGGAGAACCUUUGAUCAAGAGAUCAGAUGACAAUGAAGAGGCUCUGAAAAAACGAUUGACAACAUAUCAUACGCAAACUUCACCACUCGUCGAUUAUUAUGCUCUGCAAGGAAUUCAUUAUUACAUUAAUGCUGCCCAAUCCGCCGAAAAAGUAUUCAAAGAUAUUGAUCAAAUUUUUUUAAAGGCCACUAAAAAGAAGGGAUUCUUCAAUAGAUUUUUUUAGAAUAUUGCCAAUAGAAGUAGUUUCUAAAUCAUUCUUUUUCUUUUUUUUUUUUAUAGAAUUUUACUUUUAGAAUUUUCUUUUUGAAGAAAACUUACAGAAUUACAGAGAUAAUUAUAAAUGCGAUAAGUUUACAACAUGCUGCAAAGGUAAUGAUUUAUAUGUCUAACUUGUGUAGCUUGUUUUAACUGAGAGCAAUCUGCAUCUAAAAUAAUUUUAGUAACAUAUAAUAGUUACAUUUACAAGCAUUACUGUAAACAAUAUAUUUUGUAGCAAUAUCAAGUAUAAAGACACGUAAUAAUAUUUUAUAAGGCACAACAAUUUUCUAGAGAAGUAUGAAAAGUUAUGACUGCAGAUGGAAUGCACACAGCUUAUCAAUGCUCUAAAAAUGGGUGUAAAAUAUAUAUGUAACGCCAAUCAUGUAUAACUUUAGCAGAGAAAAAGAUAUAUAUUUGUAUAUAGUCACUAAAAGAUAUUUUGAUUCAUUGUUACUAGAUUCUAUCUUUGUGCGAUGUUUAUAUCGUACUAAAGUACAAUUAUCGAGAGAAUCUUUUACAUAUCUCGACUUAUUUUUAGUUUUUCCUAUCUCGGGGAUUUAUCAGUUUAAAACAAGCGAAAAAUCAGUGAGAAACAAGUUUUGAAAUCAUUCAUCAGUCACAUGUAUGCACAUUUUUUCGAAUUUUGCAAUUAUACCGUUCUUGAUGCUAAAUGUGGCUGUCUUAGACUGAUUUUUACUUUUUUCAUGAAGAUUAAAUAAUAUAAAUAUGGAAAAGUGUAAGAAUUUUUUAUUUUAUAUAUUCAAUAAUGAAUUAAUUAAUUCAAGAUGAGAAAAUAAUUCUACUUGAAUUAAUUAAAAUUCCAAGAAUAUAAUAUUUGACUGCUGCAUUUAACAUUAAAUAUGGAAUUUGAAUAUUUAUAAUUUUAUAUUUAUCUUUUUCAAUUGCGACAGCAACUUUCGAGAAAUUAACACUGUAAAAUUGUAUAAAUACACAAAACACAUUGCAAUGCUA